UCCCUGGGACAUUUCCAUCAGUGGCUCUAUAGCAGGGCGGGUCGUGGGCACUUUGCUGCUCCAAAGAGCUCGGUCUGGGUUCCUGGCCUUGGGCACUGUUAACUCUAGAGCUUGGAAAGGCUUUACAUGGCUUUCACAGAAAACUGUAUUUGUGGUUUAAAAGUCCCUUUUCCUGCAGGACUGUGCGGUCUUCCAGCAGAGUCAGGCUCCUCUGUGUCUGGCACAGUGUGUGUAUGUGGUGGGGGUGGGGCUGGGAUCCACGUGUAGGAGGAGCUGUGCGCAUCUGGGAGCUGUGGCUCGCUGAGCUGGGAAAGAAGCUGGAGUAUGGCCAUGGAGGGACCGCGGAACUUGGAAGGUUAUGAAGAUCUCGAGGCUGGAGACCUGAUGGAGAUUUUCCACACUGGCGAUGAGCAUUGGGCGAUCUAUGUGGGAGGUGGUGAAGUGCUCCAUCUGGACCCUAUAAGUGAGUGCCCUAGGGCUGACUCCUCCAGCACCUACUCCAGCGGGAACAUCAGGGCGGUGGUGAAACAGGAGCAUGUGAGGUACGCAGUGGGAAGCUGCCUCUAUCGAGUGAAUAACUACUUGGACCAGGUGUACAGACUGCGGCCUGUGAAUGAGAUCAUCAGUUCUGCGAGAGAGAUGAUUGGGGCGCAGUUGGAGUACUGUGUUAAGGACAGGAAGUAUAAGCACUUUGUCACCCAUCUGAGAUAUGGCACAGCCUGCAGCAGGCAGUUUUGUGAAGAACCUGAGCCUGGGGACCUCAUUAAUAUUUACAAUAUUGUCUCUAAGCACUGGGCCAUCUAUGUGGGAGGUGGCGAUGUGAUCCAUCUGGCUCCUCUAAGUGAGGACUCUGAGGCUGGCUCCUCCAGCAUCUCCAUUCUGAGCAGAAGGGCGGUGGUGAAACAGGAGCGCCUGCAGGACGUCGUGAACGGCUACCACUAUCAGGUCGACAACUACUGGGACCAGUGGUACACACCACGGCUUGUGAGCAAGAUCAUCAGUUCUGCGAAGGAGAAGAUUGGUCAGGUGGUGGAGUACAGCGUUCUGGACUGGAAGCAUAAGAACUUUGUCACCCAUCUGAGAUAUGGCAUGGCCAACAUGGCCCAGUUUUGUGAAGAACCUGAGCCUGGAGACCUGAUUCAGAUUUUCCGCAUUCGCUAUCAGCACUGGGCCAUCUACGUGGGAGGUGGUGAUGUGAUCCACAUGUCUCCUAAGACCGGGCACCGCUCUGGGCACAUGGAGAGGGCCACAGAAGAGCCAUCAGCUCAUGCAAUCCAAAUUCCAUCCUAGGGACCUAUGGGACCCCCUGUGAUGACUCAGUAGGACAUGGAUGUUCGGUCUGCUCAAGUGCUGUUCAGAGAAAACCCAACUCAGGUUUCCCUUGCUCAGCUCUCUCUUCCCAUUGAUCUCAUUAUGGUAACAAAUAUUCUGAAAAUUAUAUUUUCAACAGUCCUUACUCAUUGGAGCCAGACGGAUCAAAUCACCAUCUCCCACAUAGAUUGCCCAUUCUUUAUAGCCAAUGCCAGAAAUCUCCAUCACCUCUCCAGGCUUGAGAUCUUGGUAAAACUGGAAGAGAAAAACCAGAAAUGGUGUUGAUAGGCUGCUAGGCGACAUCAGAGACCCUGGCUGGGGAGCUGCAGCUCGGCCUGGGGACCCUCCUGCUGACGUUCAUCACUGGUGUGAGCCUGGGGUCGGGGGAAGAUCUCGUAACCCCUGUGGGGUGCUCAGCCUGCUGUCACCUUUAGAGGUUCCCCUACAAACAGGGAUUGGAAGCCUAGAAAAAAUGACCUUGUGAAAUGGGAGAGUGGAGAUUUGUCUAGUGUGUAUAUUACGCCUGUUUGUGUUCUGUAUGUAUGUAUGUGUAUGUGUGUUUUGCUUGUGUGUGUUGUAUGUAUGUGCAUACGUGUAAGCAUGUCUUCUGUGUCUGUGUGUUGUGUAUGUGUAUGUUGUGUGUGUGUGUUGUGUGUGCAUAACGAGGAGGCAGACAUGUAUAUGCAGGUGCUUUGUGCAUGUGCUCCUGAGUUUGUUGACACGACAGCCUGAAUGUGGCAGCCCCAGGCCCAUUCCCAGCAUGGUUGCAUGGGUGAGUCUGGAGAUUCUCUGCUCUUUGCAGAAUGACCCUCAAAUCGUCAUCACGCCUCCUGCCCCUGGUUGUGCGUGGCUGCACCAGGCACCUCCUCCUCCUCAGAAUCCGUCACCUCCAGCCUCAGGACAUCCACCCUUGGAGAUGCCCACCUGAGAGACGAAAACUGACAGCACUGUAAUGGCACUUGAGCCAUCAGGGGACCGUUGUGGGGCCGCUCAGCUUCCAGCACUGAGCGGGCUGCUGCAUUCACACAGCCAGCCCUGGGCCCUUUUCCUACAAUAACUGCAGCCCUCCCACCACGUCCAGGGAAGUAGCAUCACUCCAUUGCUCAGGUGGGAAGCUGAGGCUCAGAGAGGUAAAGGGAAAACAGCACAUAAAACAUUGACCAGCUUACGCUCUUUUUGCUGUGUUAAAGCAGGUUGUUUUCAUCAAGCCUUGCUCAACAUCAGACCCGGCACAGCACAUGUGCCGGGUGGGAACUCAUGGCCUCAGGAUGACAGAUCUGACAAACUUGAGAGCCUUGCCUCCUGUCUCCUUGCCAGAUGACCUCACAAUAAAGUUCUUUCUUUUUUCAAAAGCCA